AUGGGUAAGAAGAAGAAGAAGAUCGAGAAAAGUGCUGCAGAGAUUGCAUUACUUGUUGAAAAUGUGAUGGUUGAACUUGAAGUUGUAGCAGAAGAAGAUGCAGAGCUAAACAGACAAUCAAAACCAGCUAUUAAUAAACUCAAAAAGUUGCCACUUUUAACUGAAUUCCCAAUUCAUUUAGAUCAAUAUGAUAGAAAAGAGCAAUUAAAGAAAAGUGGGCUUGGAAAGGCUAUUAUGUUCUUGUCAAAAUCUGAUGAAGAGACCACAUCCAAUAGAAAGCUUGCUAAAGACUUGGUUGACAAAGGGGUAAGUGCAGUAGUUUAUUUGGCUGUGGAAUGUACAAAAAGUUUCAAGUUUCUUGGGGCAUUCCCUGUUCUAUUGGAGAUGGGUGUACUUUCCGUUUUCAGCUUGGAGAGCAUGUCCUCUCUUGACAUGGAGGGGUUGUGUGCACUUGGGGAUGGACAUCUUUUGAACUUUUUACUCAACACAAGCACAGGGGAAUUAACAGAUAGGAAAAAGGUGGCACUUAGGAAAGAAUUAAGAAUGUUGUCACAGGCUGCAAGAGAUGUUGGACCCAUUAGAGAAGCUAAGGACAAACUGGAGAAGUGA